UGCCCACCUACUCCUCUAUUUUCCUUUGUCUGACUCUGACUCUCUCUAAAAAUAACUAAAAAACGAACCAAUUAAACGGGGACGGACAACACAAUCCCCAUAAACCUCUCCUCUCUCACCUCCCUCUCUGUCUCAAAUUUAGGGUUAGGGUCUGGGCACAGUCCAGGUGAAUUUUGCCAGUAAUGGCCGUUUCGAGUACAUUUGCAGGGGUCAAGCUAGAGACUUUCCUCCUCACCAACAAUUCGACCAAUUCUUCGGCUCCGAGGUCGUCGUCUCCGUCUCAAAUUGGGAUAUCCUGCAAACCAACUCGAACCAGACGAACCCUAAUUGUUGAGCGAGGUCGAGCCUCUUUCAAUCCGACCAUCAGAUGUGAGGCUGUGUCCGAUCUUAUGGUCCAGACCGCUUCUUCUUCAAGCCUCUCUGCUCUCGAGUUGCUCAAAACAUCCGCAGCUGACAGAUAUACAAAGGAAAGGAGCAGCAUUGUGGCCAUCGGGCUCAGUGUUCACACUGCUCCUGUUGAAAUGCGUGAAAAAUUAGCAAUUCCAGAAGCAGAAUGGCCACGAGCCAUUCAAGAGCUUUGUAGUUUGAAUCACAUAGAAGAAGCUGCUGUUCUUAGUACAUGCAACAGGAUGGAGAUAUAUGUUGUAGCUCUUUCUCAGCAUCGUGGAGUCAAAGAAGUUACUGAAUGGAUGUCAAAGACAAGUGGCAUCCCUGUUUCUGAGUUUUGCCAGCACCAGUUCUUGCUGUAUAACAAAGAUGCUACACAACAUCUCUUUGAAGUCUCAGCAGGACUAGACUCAUUGGUUUUAGGAGAAGGCCAAAUCCUUGCUCAGGUCAAACAAGUUGUGAAAUUAGGCCAAGGAGUCUUGGGCUUUGGGAGGAUCAUUAGCGGGCUUUUCAAGCAUGCAAUCACAGUUGGAAAGCGGAUUAGAACCGAGACAAACAUUGCAGCAGGGGCUGUUUCUGUUAGCUCAGCUGCUGUUGAAUUAGCUUUAAUGAAGAUUCCUGAGUCCUCGCAUUCCACUGCUAGGAUGUUGGUGAUUGGAGCUGGCAAGAUGGGGAAACUUGUGAUCAAACACUUGGCAGCAAAAAGAUGCACAAAAAUGGUGGUCGUAAACAGAAGUGAAGAGAGAGUUGCAGCCCUCCGUGAGGAGUUGGAGGGUGUCGAGAUAAUAUACAAACCACUUUCGGAAAUGCUAAACUGUGCUGCCGAGGCAGAUGUAAUUUUCACCAGCACAGCAUCAGAAGCCCCAUUAUUUUUGAAAGAGCACGUAAUGGAUCUUCCUCCUGUUGGUCCAGAUGUUGGAGGCUUAAGGCUUUUCAUUGAUAUCUCUGUUCCGAGGAACGUGGGUUCUUGUGUCAAGGAUCUGGAGACUGUACGAGUUUUUAAUGUGGAUGAUCUUAAGGAGGUUGUUGCAGCUAAUAAAGAGGACCGACUUCGUAAAGCAAUGGAAGCUCAGGCAAUAAUUACUGAGGAAUUAAAACAAUUUGAAGCUUGGAGGGAUUCUUUAGAGACUGUUCCCACAAUCAAAAAGUUGAGGGCCUAUGCGGAAAGAAUUAGAGUUGCAGAGCUAGAGAAAUGCUUGUCAAAAAUGGGUGAUGGUAUCUCAAAGAAAACGAGGAAGGCUGUGGAUGAUCUUAGCCGGGGUAUAGUAAACAAGCUCCUUCACGGUCCAAUGCAACACCUGAGAUGUGAUGGGAGUGACAACAGAACUUUGAAUGAGACCCUUGAGAAUAUGCAUGCUCUUAAUAGAAUGUUUAGUCUCGAGACUGAGAUAUCUGUGUUGGAAGAGAAGAUUCGAGCCAAGAUAGAGCAAAACCAGAAGUAAGCUCCCAUGCCAAAAUUUCUUUAACAGCACUUCUUACUGCGUCAAAAUCUGAAUAAAGAGUAAAAGUUACUCACCGUGUGAUUAGGAUUGGCACUGUUGGUAUCUUCAAUAGAAUAGUAAACGGGAUUUGGUUCCUUUGUGGGAUUUUUCGUAUUCAUCCCUUCUUGUCAGAAACUUCUGCGUAACUCUGGUUGGGGUUCUUUUGUAGGCAUUUCAUUUGCCUACAGUGUGAUUGUAAGUGGCCAUUCAGCUUUGUAGCAUACAAUUGAGGUAAUAUGCGGUGAGCUCGAUUAGUGUAUCGGAUGAUUUCUCCCUAUUAUGUAGUCUGUUCCUGAAACAUUAUUGAAUUUGUAAUUAAUUUACGGAUUAAUCAAAUAUUGACAUCUUCCAAGCUCAAUAUAGCUAGGCUGGAAUGGAUCAAAGCUUUCUCCUC